UUUACACAGGAAGAUGGAUCAAAAUGAGGUGGGGAAAUGUGCAUUGGGUAAUCACUUGUUAUGUAGCCAGAGAAGGCGAAGUCAAAUAUUGAUCAUUUUCCAGAGCUUAUUACUGAAGUUACCCCUCUGACAUCAAGAAUGGACAUAAGUUAACAAUGACGGGAGAAAAGAAGAAGAAAAAGCGGCUGAACCGCAGCGUUCUUCUGGCUAAGAAAAUUAUUAUAAAAGAUGGAGGCAGUCCCCAGGGGAUGGGUGAUCCCAGUGUCUAUCAUGCUGUGGUGGUGAUCUUCCUGGAGUUCUUUGCCUGGGGGCUUCUUACCACGCCCAUGCUAACGGUCUUACAUCAAACAUUCCCUCAACACACAUUCCUGAUGAAUGGGCUCAUUCACGGUGUCAAGGGUAUUUUGUCGUUCCUGAGUGCUCCUCUGAUUGGUGCGCUGUCAGAUGUAUGGGGUAGGAAGUCUUUCCUGUUGCUAACAGUCUUCUUCACCUGCGCCCCCAUCCCCCUCAUGAAGAUCAGCCCAUGGUGGUACUUUGCAGUCAUUUCCAUGUCUGGUGUGUUUGCCGUCACCUUCUCUGUGAUCUUUGCGUACGUGGCGGACAUCACGGCAGAACACGAGAGGAGCACAGCCUACGGUUUGGUGUCCGCUACCUUUGCAGCCAGCCUAGUGACGAGCCCGGCCAUUGGAGCGUACCUGUCGGAGACGUACGGUGACACCCUGGUAGUUAUCCUGGCUACGGCCAUUGCCCUACUGGACAUAAUUUUCAUCCUGGUGGUCGUCCCCGAGUCAUUGCCCGAGAAGAUGAGACCAGCCUCCUGGGGAGCACCCAUCUCCUGGGAACAGGCUGACCCCUUCGCUUCUCUGCGGAAGGUGGGCCAGGAUUCCACGGUGCUUCUCAUCUGCAUCACAGUGUUCCUGUCUUACCUGCCUGAGGCCGGACAAUACUCCAGCUUCUUCCUCUAUCUCAGACAGGUACAAAGGUUCAGUUCAGAGACAGUAGCUGCCUUCAUAGCUGUGGUGGGCAUCCUCUCCAUUGUUGCUCAGACGAUGGUUCUGGGGAUUCUGAUGCGCUCCAUAGGGAAUAAGAACACUAUCCUACUGGGCCUAGGCUUCCAGAUACUACAGCUGGCCUGGUACGGCUUUGGAUCUCAACCAUGGAUGAUGUGGGCAGCAGGAGCGGUAGCAGCCAUGUCUAGCAUCACGUUCCCAGCCGUCAGUGCCAUCGUGUCCCGCAACGCAGACCCUGACCAGCAGGGUGUUGUCCAGGGGGUGAUAACAGGUAUCCGUGGUCUGUGUAACGGGCUCGGCCCGGCCUUCUAUGGCUUUAUAUUCUACCUGUUCCAUGUGGAGCUGACUGAUCUGGACGCUGUAGACAGCCCUGGGAAAGAACCCAAACCUAACAUGGCCAACCCUGCUGAUGAGAGUUCCAUCAUCCCCGGCCCUCCCUUCCUGUUUGGGGCGUGCUCCGUACUGCUGUCUCUGUUAGUAGCCCUGUUCAUCCCAGAGCACAGUGGCCCGGGCGUCCGGCCGGGAGGCUACAAGAAACACAACAACGGGGCCCAGAGCCACUCACACAGCCCUCCCAGUAGUGGGGCUGAGGGCAAGGAGCUGCUACUGGAUGGCAGCUGUGUAUAACACCAGCCUGGGGGCACAAACUCAACACUUGCUCCCCCUGAGCCCAAACAAGUGAACCAUUACUUUCACACAUGUUCCCAGAUGAGUGGCCUCUUCUUCGGGCAGGGAAGAUGCAUGUGUGUGUGUGUGUGUCUGAACACCUAGUGGGCUGUGGUUUAUUUGAAGCAGCUGAGUUGAGUGUGUGUGUGUGUGAGAGAGACUAUCUUGGUUGAGCUGAUCUCUGCCCUGAGAGUCUUGACAAGCAGGAAGAGGAUAAAGGAGGUGGGGAUGUAGAGUUCCUGCCAGAGGACUAUGCAUCACACCCAUGUGUCCCACAUGGGUGGGAUCUGGUUGGAGUGAAGGUCAUCUGAACUGUUACUAAGCUCUGUGUGAUGUAUUUGUCCAAAAUGGCACCCUAGUCCCUAUAUAGUGCACUUCUUUUGACCAGGGCCCACUAGGGAAUAGGGUACCGUUUGUGAUGCAACCAAUGUAGCCAAGCGACCCACUCUGACAACUGUUCUUUCCCUUAGAGAUAGUCAACAACAGUUCUGCUGGCCAGUUUACAAGCUACCAAACUUCUGAUUUUAUUGUCUUAAUAUGGCAGAUGAGAAAGCAGGUCUUCCUCUGUGUGUCCAAAGCAGGGAGAGAAGUUACCGUAUGCCUCCAAAAUGACCCCUAUUCCCUUUAUAGUGCACUACUUUUGACCAGCCUCUGGUGCACUAUAAAGGGAAAGCGGGUGAAAUUUGGGAGGCAAACACUGUAGAACUUGAGGAGAGCCUCUGAAGAUCCAUCUAAGAACCACUACCCAUCCAGAUGGGGACAGCACAAUAGACAUCAACCUCUCAUGAUUUUUCCAGAGGGACUUGAACCUAACAUUUGACUGACCAACCUCCCAUUCCAUUGAAUAUCACAUUUAACGGAGUUGUGUGUAAACCACUUUAGUUUUUCAAUGUUUACCUUCCUGUCGUCUGUUCCGUUAGAUUAGCAGACGGUACACGACCUUUUGGAUUUUAUAUGUUUCCUGUGUUCAUCACACACUUAAGGCUAGUUGUGUUCGAAGUUUUUAUUCCAGAGAAAUGUUGCCUUGGAAGUGACGUUGUCUUCAUAUUUAAUAUAUUACAACAACCUGUAUGAAGACUGUUGUCUGACUGUCUGAGGUGGGUCUGUAAUUGUUGCUUUUGUUGCUAUUGGAGCCUUGUUCUCUAAUUCUACUCCUCACAACCCUCUUCGAUGUGAAUCUAGGCACAACCGUAGUUAACACACAGACUGGCAUGACUUUAGUUCUGUUAACAACUUGCCCAUAGACGGUUUCUGGUUCUUUAUUCACAAAGUGUCUUGAGUGCUAAUCUAGGAUCAGUGUUGCCUGUUGGAUCAUAGUGGAUAUGAUUAUAUGGUCGGGGGACAUCCUGAGCCAAGAUCAGCAUUCCUACUGUAAGAUACUUGGUCAAUAAGUUUCCUGAUCAGCAAUGUUGGUAUCAAUGUGAGCACUGAUAUAGUUAAUAAAACGGUCUGUAGUAAUAUAAUUCAUAGGUUGUUCUGCGGUAGGAUAGUAGGUUAAAUGUUGUGUGGCAUUAGACAAGGCUGCGAAUGUGGUUUUAGCUCCCGUGUCUGUCUGUCUUUGACUGCAAAGGUGUUGCAGAUACUACUGUCAAUCUUUGCUGUUGUACUUUUGAAACAAUAGAUUUUUUGUUGUUGUAAAUGAGCCUCAAGUGCAUUGAAAUAACCAAAUAGAACUGAUUGAUGUCAAAAUGUUGGACAUUUUCAGAAUUUCUAUUUAGUCAAAUUAUUAACUGUUUUGUGCCAUAUUUAAAUUUAAAACACAAGGAAGAGGUAACAUUAAAGUAUUAGAACAUGAAGGACAAACACUACAGCAUCAAGACACUAUCAAACACUACAGCAUCAAGACACUAUCAAACACUACAGCAUCAAGACACUAUCAAACACUACAGCAUCAAGACACUAUCAAACACUACAGCAUCAAGACACUAUCAAACACUACAGCAUCAAGACACUAUCAAACACUACAGCAUCAAGACACUAUCAAACACUACAGCAUCAAGACACUAACACUACAGCAUCAAGACACUAUCAAACACUACAGCAUCAAGACACUAUCAAACAUGUAUCAGGCUUCCUGCAGCAGAGCCGUCCUUAUGUGUGAGGGGGCGUGUGCAUGAUAAUGUCAAUUUCCUUUUUCAUAAUCACAACGUUUGUUUUUGUUAAUUUGUUUUGACUACUUAAACUUUUUUUUCUUUUUUUGCAAAGUUUAAGUGCUAUUUUUGAAUAGCUUUUAUCACUUAGAUGUUCCAAUGUUUUUAUUUGUGGUUUUCUUCAACAUUUUGGGGAUUUAUUGAAUCUUUAGCUUUGCAUUUAAAAACGUUUAAUUUCUCAACGGUCAGUUCGAUUUAACAAUAAGCUGUUAAUUUUGGUGAAAUUGUAUCAAUAGAUGACAUCACUAGCAUAGUUGAAUGUUCUAAGGAAUACGUGUUGUUAUGCCAACCAAACAAACUAUUUGUCAUUUCAACUGAGUUAGCAGUGAGGCCAUUAAACUUCUGCUCUACCUGUGUGUCCCGACUGGCACCCUAUGGGACCUGGUCAAAAGUACUACACAACAUAGGGAAUAGAUAUGCCAAUGCUCCAGAACAUAUUGAAUUGGACCAACAACACACUUAAGGACAGUACAGCCAAUGACUAAGAUCCUAUAUUAAUAAUUACAAUUAAUUCUGUACCAGCCACAACCCCAUUUACAACUCAAACAUGUAUUCCAGUCAAUGUACAAACAUUGUUUACUCAACGCGUGUGUGUGUGUGUGUGUGUGUGUGUGUGCACAAAACAUGAGGAAAACCUUCCUCAUAUUGAGUUGGACCUCCUUUUUUUCCCUCAGAACAGCCUCAUUUGGUCAGGGCAUGGACUCUACACAGUGUUGAGUGUUCCACAGUGAUGCUGGCCCAUGUUGACUCCAAUGCUUCCCACAGUUGUCAAGUUGUCUGGAUGUCCUUUGGGUGGUGGACCAUUCUGAUACACACAGGAAACUGUUGAGCAUUAAAAACCCAGCAGUGUUGCAGUUGUUGACACAAACCCGUGCGCCUGGUACCUACUACCAGACCCUGUUCUAAGACUCUUAAAUCUUUUGUCUUGCCCGUUCACCCCCUGAAUGGCACACAUACACAAUGCAUGUCUCAAUGAUCUUAAAUAUCCUUCUUUAACCUUUUUCCUCCCCUUCAUCUACACUGAUUGCAGUGAAUAUAAGAAGUGACAUCAAUAAGGGAUCAUAGCUUUCACCUGGUCCCUCUGUCAAGGAAAGAGCAGCUGUUCCUAAUGUUUUGUAUACUCUGUGUGUAUGUUAAAAGGAGAUGGGAUCCUACUGGUCUGAUUGCUACAGUAGUGUGGCGCAACUAUACUGAACAAAAAUAUAAACGCAACAGUUACAAAGAUUUUACUGAGUUACAGAUCAUUUAAGGAAAUCAGUCAAUUGAAAUAAAUAAUGCCCUAAUCUAUGGAUUUCAAAUGACUGAGAAUACAGAUAUGCAUAUGUUGGUCACAGAUACCUUAUCAUGCUGAAACAUGAGGUGAUGGAGGUGGAUGAAUGGCUGAACAAUGGCCCUCAGGACCUCCUCACGGUAUCUCUGUGCGUUCAAAUUGCCAUCGAUUAAAAUCCAAUUGUGUUCGUUGUCUGUAGUUUAUGCCUGCUUAUGCCAUAACCCCACCACCACCAUGGGACUCUGUUCACAACGUUGACAUAUGUGGCCUGCAUUUUGUGAGGCCAGUUGGAGCCGGCUGAUGGUAGAGGUAGAGAAAUCAUGAGGGAAAAAAGAAGAAACCCACACACUUCUUGCUAGUAUCACUGCUCUUUGUUAAGCUUCACGUAUCAGCCUCGAGGCCUUCAUCAGAGCGCUAGACAAAUUGACAUUUCAGCUCUGGUGGACAUUCCUGCAGUCAGCAUGCCAAUUGCAUUCUCCCUCAACUUGAGACAUCUGAUGCUUGUGUUGUGUGAUUACAAAAAUGCACAUUUUUAGAGUGGCCUUUUAUUGUCCCCAGCACAAGGUGCACCUGUGUAAAGAUCGUGCUGUUUAAUCAUCUUCUUGAUAUGCCACACCUGUCAGUUGGAUGGAUAACUUGGCAAAGGAGAAAUGCUCACUAACAGGGAUGUAAACACAUUUGAGAGAAAUUCGUUUUUUUGUGCAUAUGGAACAUUUCUGGGAUCUUUUAUUUCAGCUCAUGAAACAUGGGACCAACCCUUUUACACAUUGCGAACAUUUUUGUUCUGUAUAUAUUUCUCAUACUGACCGUGGUUCUGUGGGUCGCUCCUGUUUUGUAGUCCGAUGUGGCCUGAGCCUCCCCUCCCCUCUGUGACUGGACCGGUGGAGGAUGAUUAUCAUAAUAGCAUGUAAACAUGGGAAUCUAUUGGCAAAGUAUUUAUUAAAGAUUUAUUGUACAUUGA